GGGCAAACUGGGGAUUGUCGAAUGCCAAAAGAAACAUUGAGAGAUGCGAAACAACACGCUGCGGAGUAUCUGCUAGGAUUUUGUUGGUUGGCAUGCUCAUCAAGAUUUGGAAAACUGAUUCUGGCAAACGCCAUUGAUUAGUGACCUCCAAGCUUUGAAGAAUUGAAUAUACCAACAGACUGUCUCGAAGCCCAUCGCCAAUAGUGAAAGUCCGGCUGCCGGCUGAAUCCAAUCUGGACUUCAUCAAAACCCUCCAUGCCUGGUCAAGCUUUUUCAGCACUUGUUACAGAACCUUGCCCAAGGGGCAAGCCAGCCUAGUGCUCGUUCCCAACAAGGCGGAACUACCACAACUGGUCAGCACAGCGCGGAACAAGAGGUCUUCCCUGCAAGGUACCAAUUCAAUAAAUGUCUCUGUCAGCAGCACGACCGCUAGCCAGCUCCUCGUGUUCAUCUCGGCUGCGCGCCAUGUGUCUCAUUACCGCCGAUCUCGACAAUGUUUCAAGCAAUCUACAACGUCCACCUCAAGGACCGCCUCCGUGGUAAACGGCUCAAAUCGCGUUUCGAAACGCAUCGCAUCAGCAAUCCAUACUUCACAAUCGCUGCCAAGCAACGCGCGGACCAAAUGAUUGGGAUCACGAACCUCUUUAUUCUCGCCACUGCGGCUCUGGCGACUAUCAUACCACGCGAAACUUCGGCUCUGGCACAAAUACAUCUUUCCAUCGAUGAGAUAAAUUCUGGUCUGGCGACGAUCAGCAACGAUAUCAAGAACUUCAAUGCCACAGCAAUACUCUCCGACCUUGAAAGCAUCAGCUCUACAAUCCUCCAAGCAGGCCGUGAUGUCGCGGGCCUCAAUGGGACAGUCUCUGAGAGCGAGGCACUGGUUGUGACCUACUAUGUGAGAAAUGCAAUGCAGCCUGCGGUCGAUGAGACGAUAUUGGAUCUGAGAAAAGCCAAGCAAAAAUUGAAUCGAGCGGGCGUACUGGAGAACGUGGCCGAGAAAUUGGAAGACUUGGGGAGUUUUGUGAUUGUUCUGGGGGCGGCGUUAUUAAGCAAGACACCGGAAAGCAAAAAAGCGGAUGCGCAAGAGGUGUUGGAUGGGAUUGUAACGACUUUCAGGGAUGCCGUGAAGGCUUUGAGGUCGUAG